UAGUCGCCACCACGACACACACACACACACGUACGCACCUAAUGUUGCAUCUUGGGUGGUUGUCCAACAACAAUAAAUCACUGUAUGCGUGGAAUGUUACCUGAGCUGUGUUUUCUGAUCGCCUGAUUUGAUUGCUACCUGUUCUAACUCACCUGCUGCUUUGAUGAGGUCACAGCAACAAGCCAUCGUGAUGACUCAUGCCGGCGUCUACCUUUUAAAGACAGAUGUUCCACCUGAAGGCUCCAUUUGCGACGAUCACCAUGGAGGAAGAGAGAGAGAUGCCAAAGAGGCCGUGGGACAGCGUUCGAGAGGUCCCCACCAUUGAAGAUGAACAGACGCCAUGGAAGAUGAUCAAACUAUUAAAGAUCCUGACUCUGUGUGUCAUCGGUGUGAUGGUGUUUGGAUUGGCGCUAUGUAGCAAGGCUUCCUUCCUCCUCCUCAUCACCUUGUCCAACGAGGGCACAAAGUCCCUCCCGGAUGACCAGAAACCCGUCGCUCUGCUGUGUAUCGGAUGCGCUCUCAUCACUUCAAGUGUUCUCCUACUUCUCAAAAGCAUAUGGAAGGCGUGUUACAAAACAUCAAAAAUACCAAGCAAAACAACUGCUGCGCUGGUUCUCUUCUUUGAGCUCAUGGUGUCUCUGGGUGCAGCGAUCCUCACGAUCGUGGCAAUGCCACACUUGGACAUUGUGACCAACAUAACGAUACUGAACGCUGUGGCCAUCCUCUCUGCGCUCCUGCAGGUGGUCGCUCAGUGCACUGCCAAAGAAAGGAACCGCUUCCUGGUGCCAUCCAUCACCGCCUUCAUCCUCAUUUUGAUCGGUUACGUGCUGUUCCUCUUCCUAUACAUCAUGAAGGAUCCCACUGAUACCAAAAUGUUAAUUUGGGUGGGUCUGGCAGUUGGUGGGUCCUUCUUGGUGUCUUUCAACUGGUGGGAGAGCUACUUCAGACUGAUCAGCAAGAACAGCAAUUCUGUCUUCCUCAAGAACCUGUGCAAAGACAUCAAACAGUGCCAAAACAUAUUGCACAUCUUGUCCAGUCUGCUCAGGAUCGCAGUGACCGCCUGUGUGCUCGGAGCCUUCGUCCCUCUGACCGAACUGGACUGGGACGUAGUGACCGCCAUCCCGAGUCGUCAGACAAGAAUUAUAGUCAUCAUCAUUGGGGUCCAGCUGGUCUCCUCUGCCCUCUGCCACUGGUUUGCAGUGGUAGCCUGCAAGAUGCACGUCGUGCGGCGAUGCUUCAUCCUGCCUUUGUACCUGGCCUCUCUGGCUGUUGUGGUUCUCUUCAUCGUCCCUGUCAUCGUUUACUAUCAGGACUACAGAAUAAGUCUGAACGGGACAGCAAGCAUCAACUUCACAGGCUACUGCAAUGUGGUGGUGGAUGGAAGAGACCAAAACUUGAACGGCAGUGUGUUCCCACAUCUGGUGUUGGAUGUUACACACACUCUGUGUUUCCUGGACAUGUCCAAGAUAACCGACAUUGGCAUACUGACAGGUUCAGCAGUGGCCUGGUACCUCGGUCUCGUGUUGGCCACCCUCCAUCUGUGGUACCUCAAUGUGCAUCGCAUCCAGAGAACCCAAGACCUGUUCAUUCGGAGGCUGUAUGAAGGAACCUUCAUCGAGCAGUCGCUGCUCCUCAACACCCGAUUUGAUAUCCAGACCACAGGGAAGGGGAAGAAGUCCAGGACAAUUGAUACGGCAAUGGUGUAUCUGUGUGCGACAAUGUGGCAUGAGACCUACGAUGAGAUGAUGAACAUCAUCAUCUCAAUAUUCAGACUGGACAAGUACAGACCAAAGACAAAUACAAAGUCAAACGAUUUCACCUUUGAAGCCCAUAUCUACUUUGAUGACGCAUUCGUACCCGUUGAGGGGAGUGACGUGUAUCACCUCAACGAAUACGCAACAAACCUUGUGGAAAUCCUCGCUGAAGUUUAUGGCAUUUUCACAAGCAUCGAUGAUAAGUUCUUCAAAAAAACGCAGCAGAUCCCUGAUCAGAAGAUCUUAAAGACGCCAUACGGAGGUCGUCUUGUGGUCACCAUGCCUCAUGGGAACAAUAUUGUUGUUCACUUCAAGAACAAAGACUUCAUCCGCCACAAAAAGAGAUGGUCUCAGAUCAUGUACCUUUACUAUCUUCUGGGCUGGAAACUCAUGACCAAAUAUUACAUACGCCGGCAGAAGGGAGACAGCGAGAAGGAGCUGCAAGAAGAGGCCAAGAGGGAGAAGCAAAACACCUACCUACUGGCUCUAGACGGAGACACAGACUUCCAGCCAGCCGCUGUGAUGCUGCUCAUCGAUCGUCUGAAAAUGUACCCACGUGUCGGGGCAGCAUGUGGCAGGAUUCACCCCACUGGAUCAGGUCCUGCUGUGUGGUUCCAGAAGUUUGAGUACGCCGUCAGUCACUGGCUCCAGAAGACGGCAGAGCACGUGUUCGGCAGUGUGCUCUGCAGUCCCGGCUGCUUCAGUCUGUUCAGGGCAGAGGCGCUGAUGGAUGACAACGUGAUGAAGAGAUACUCCACCAAGUCCAUGGAGGCGAGCCACUACAUUCAGUACGACCAAGGCGAGGACCGCUGGCUGUGUACUCUGCUGCUGAAGCAGGGAUGGAGAGUGGAGUACAACGCGGCGUCUGAUGCUUACACUAACGCACCUGAGGAGUUCAAAGAACUCUACAAUCAGCGUCGGCGAUGGGGACCAUCCACAAUGGCCAACGUGGUGGAUCUGCUGGGCUCCAGCAACAUAAUUUCCAAGAGGAACCCAUCCAUGUCCAAACUCUUCAUGUUCUACCAGCUGUUUUCCCUCACUUCAGCCAUCCUGGCCCCCGCAACCAUCUGCCUUUUGCUCGCAGGUAGUUUCACCUUCCUCACAGACAUGAAUCCCAGUGGUGCUCUGGUCUUGGCUGUGAUACCUCCAGCCAUCUAUCUGGGACUUUGCUUCAAGCUCAAGUCGGACACUCAGAUCACAAUCGCAGCGAUCUUGAGUGUCAUAUAUGCAUUUCUCAUGCUGGUGGUGACGAUCGCUAUCAUCGGCUCAAUGGUGAAGGACCGAACGAUCCUGACACCCAGCAGCAUCUUUGUCGUCGCCAUGGCCAUCAUUUACAUCAUCACUGCCAUAAUGCAUCCUCAGGAAAUUCAGCUAGUUUUCCAUGGCUUUCUCUACAUCCUCUGCAUCCCCAGUGCCUAUCUGCUACUCACCAUUUACUCCAUGACCAACAUGAACAACGUGUCCUGGGGCACCCGAGAGUCGAAACCUGCCGCUGGAGCUGCCACACCAGCAGCCACCACCCCGCAGACAAAGGCCCAGAAAGCCAAAAGCUCCUUCCACCAACUCUGCUCUUGGUGGAAAUGUUGUAAAAAAUCGAGCCAGGGAUCUACAGAGGAACAGCUCAGUGUCCGCCAGGAGAACCUGAUCCCACAGCAGCCUGAACUCCAGCCCCAAAACACUAUUGUUGAGGAUGCAAGGAUCCAGGAGGAGCAACAGAGGCAAGUCGAGCCUGUGUUGCUCCUUCCUCCAGGUUGGGUGACACAAUUAAAGAAUGCGUCCACUGACAUGCAGCUGCAGGAGGACUCACUUGACCAGGCGGAGGGGGACUUCUGGAAAGAACUUAUAGAGAAGUACCUGCAACCUCUGCCCGACAACAAAGAGAAACAGAAAAAGAUUGCCAGUGACCUGCGACAGCUGAGAAACAAGAUAAACUUCGCCUUCUUCAUCUUGAACGGCAUGUGGCUGGUGGCGACAUUCACCCUCCAGAUCUUCGGCCUCCUUCCCCAUCACGUCCCCAAGGUCGACCUCAACCUUCAGUCGACCGGAGAAGUCAUAACUAUCGAUCCCAUUGGCUUCAUGUUCAUUCUGGGAUUCGCUCUGUGUAUAAUCCAGUUCUUUGCCAUGUUUUACCACAGAGUCUACACCCUGGCACAUUACGUGGCCUUUCUGGAAACGGAGCCCAAAGAGAACAGACCCGAACCAGAGAGACCCCAACAGUCAGCCACGACGACUGACUCUGUUUCUGAAGCCGACUCCACCUCCAUGUCCAGCUUCCCGGACGAGUCUGAACCCGAAGACAGUGAGGACGAGUUUUACUCACACUUGUACUACAGGCGGCAUGAUGGAGGGACUAUGGUGUGAACGCGGACUCUGUGCACCAGCAUCACUUUUAAGCACUUUGAAAUAUUCAACAUGAGAUUUAAGAGGUUGCCAUAAACGCCUUUAUUGUGUGGAUUAUUGAUGCUUACAUGUUUACAUUUAGUUCAGUGUGAUUUAUUUAUUUAUGGAAACAAGUGAUGUCAGUGAAGUUUAGAAACUGCAUAAAAACAAUGUGAAAUCUAACAGAAAUUAAUUAAGGUGUUUUAAAUAAGGGAAUCUAAGUGAAAGACAUGAGCUACACUGUGUGAGAUGAAGUGCAUGAACUAUUCUUUUACAUGCUGCUGUGUUAUUUAUAUCUCUUUAUGCAAUAGUUCAGUUAGUGAUGAUCCUGUUUUGUGUUGUGUUGUAUUGUGUUCUCGUUUCUUAAUAAAGCACUUUAAUU